AGACCACAGCACAGUGCACAUGGAAGGUGUUUGUGGUGAUUCACAGAGGGGCUGGGCUGUAGCAUGGACCCAACCCAGUGGAUCACUAGACUUACAAGCCUUAGUCAGAAGGUGUCCUGUCCUUUCUCUGACAAUAUCCCAUUUGGAACGCAGCCUUCAGAGAGUAAAGAGACCUGCCAGACGAUUUCCCUGCACCUAAAGAGCUCAUUCUUGGGUCAAGCCCCGCCAGAACUACUUGCUGCACACACGUGUAACAGACAGCUUACAAUCUCAGCACAUGACAAGGAAACAGGCAAAGAGAAAUAGCCAACUGGAGGAGUCGAAGAAGACAAGCAGGUUGACCUGUGAUCUUUGAUUAGUGCCCAGAUUCCACUGUCCCUGAGCGCUACAAUGAGGAUGACAGGGCUGAUCCGGAUUGCGGCCAUGCUGUUCUCGCUGGGCACAGCCUGGCUUUUUGUACAGACGUACUUCAACACCGGCUGGAAGGUCGUCAGUCUGCGGAGCUGGCUGGGUUCCGACUCUGACCUGCCCAAGACCCAGCCCCUGCGAAACAAGUGUGGUAAUAAAAAAAGUUGUCCUGAAAGCACUUUUGCAUUUAAAGUCUCGAGUGGAGCAGCCAAUGUUGUUGGGCCUUCUAUAUGCUUUGAAAAUAUGAUGAUCAUGAGUGGCGUGAAGAAUAACAUUGGCAGAGGGUUAAACAUCGCGCUAGUAAAUGGAACAAAUGGCCAGGUCAUGAAAACAGAUGUCUUCGACAUGUAUUCUGGAGACAUCAAGCUGUUACUGGACUUCCUGAAAGCAAUCAAAAGUGGCACUAUAGUGAUAGUCGCCUCCUAUGAUGACCCAGCGACAAAGCUGAAUGAUGAAGUACGAACAUUAUUCACCAACCUGGGAAGCAGGCAUGUGAGCAAGCUGGCCUUCCGAGACAACUGGAUUUUCAUAGGCGCAAAAGGGCUCAAGGAUAAAAGCCCCUAUGAACAGCAUUUACAAAAUGAAGCGGCAAAAAACAAAUAUGAGGGCUGGCCUGAAGUUCUGGAAAUGGAGGGCUGCGUCCCAAAGAAGAUGGAUUAGCAGAAGUCAUAACAAUACGUUCCUGUCUGGCUGGAAGAAGGCAUUUCCAGCUGAAUCUGGCAUAUGAACUGAUCCCAGCUCCAUGACUGCAUAAAGCAACUGGCUGUUUUCAAAUCACCAGCCAACUUGUAAUGGUGUCUGAACACUGCUUUAAGAACCUGGGGGCUAUGGUAUACUAAACUGGCUAUGAAGUCAUAGCAAAUGUCUAAUCUUUCAGCAUGAUGUUCUAUUAUAUUAAUAAGGCACAUGUUGAGGUGAAGGCAGUAAUGUCAAUAUCAGGCAUUUAAUUUUCCUGUCUGUCUCAAAACAAUCAGUGCACAACACCACCUGGGAAAAAAUUGCUUCAGCUUCUGCUUCUUGAGUUGUUAAAAGUGAUUUUAACAGUUUAAAUCCUCCCACGUUGUUUCCAAGAAAAGAGAUCAGAGACCAGGGGGCUUUUCAGCCUUGCUGACAAAGGCAGAACAAAAUCUAGUGGCUGGAAGUCGAAGUUAGAUCAAUUCAACCUUGAAAUAAGAUGUCAUUUCCUAACAAGGAGGGGGAUUAAACAUUGGAACAAUUUGCUGGGGAGGCAGCGCGCUUGCUGUGACUUGGAGUCUUUGAAAUAAGUUUGAUAUCUUUUUUAAGUAUACACUUUAACCCAGCUUCUAGGAGAAAUUCUAAAGCCUUUGGGGGUGGGGGGGCUGGAUGUCAUGGUGACCUUGGAAUGUGGGGAUCCUAUGACUCCCCCUGUUCGUUCCCUUGCUUCAUGGGCCACAGACAGGCCAGGAAGCUCUGCACUGCCCUCAACAUGCUCGUAACACUUGCAGUUCUGCAUUAUGAGAAUAACUGUAAUCAAAUCUCAUGCUUCAGGGCUACAGCCAGUCACCUGCAGUGGUCAGGAAGGGAUUUUUCUGCCCAGGGAACAGUUGUUAUAUGUGCUGUAAUAUAUAUACAACUUACUGUAUUUUUCACUCCAUGCAUCCGAUGAUGUGGGUUAUAGCCCACAAAA